AUGUUUCAUACAGCGCCCUACACUAUUGAGUCUCCGGGCUAUUUAAAGGUGGCAGGCGAGAGUCUUCCUCGUCGCCAUCCUCGAGCCAAACAUGGUCUGUUGGAGCGCCCUACCGACGGGGUGCGAACAGUCUUCGAUAUCGUGCGCAAUAGCGCUAAACUGUACCCUCAUCACAAGACCGUUGGUACCCGCAGACUCAUCAAGAUGCAUCGCGAGAUCAAGAUCAUAGAGGACAAAAAGAAAGAAUGGGUAUACUAUGAGCUGGGGCCUUACAAUUAUUUGAACUAUUCACAGUACGAACAGCUCACUAUCGAGAUCGGCUCAGGACUACGCAAGUUAGGACUUUCUAGCAGCAGUAAGGUUUAUUUGUUUGGUACGACUAGUGCAAAUUGGAUAUCCAUGUCACACGGAUGCGCUUCCCAAGCGAUUCCGAUUGUCACAGGCUAUGAUACGCUCAGUGCCAAAGACAUUCAAUACUCUCUAUCCCAAACUCAAUCUGAGGCGAUAUAUCUUGAUCCGCAUCUCGUGGGUACUGCAGAUAUUGCACUUGAGAAUUCUCAAGUCAAAACCGUGAUUAUCAAUACAGAUUGCAUAUUUUCCGGGGACUACGAAAUCGCAGACUUCAAGGGCAAGCACCCCCAGCUCAAAGUAAUCGCCUUUGAGGAGCUUAUCCAACUUGGAAGAGACAAUUUGACCGAGCCAACUCCCAUCAGUCCGUCUGAUCUCUUCUGUAUCAUGUAUACUUCUGGCUCUACUGGGCGUCCAAAAGGUUGCUGCAUUUCGCACGAGAAUUUUGUCGCAGGCAUCACUGGACUAUUAGGUGGUAUAGAUGACUUCGUCAGCGACCGAGAACGCGUUCUUGCAUAUUUGCCUUUAGCCCAUAUCUUCGAGAUGGCACUCGAGAAUCUCGUGAUGUAUAUCGGCGGAACACUCGGUUAUGGUAAUCCAAAGACCCUUACAGAUGCGUCCCUCCGAAACUGCCAUGGGGAUAUGAUUGAGUUCAAGCCUACUAUAAUGGUUGGUGUCCCGCAGAUUUGGGAGACCAUUAGGAAAGCGGUACUUUCUCGGCUCGAUUACUCUGGUAUCGUUGCUAAAACAGUAUUCUGGACUGCAUUGGGCCUCAAAUCCCUCGCCGUGAGAUAUAGUCUACCUUACAAAGGCGUAUUAGACGAUUUGGUAUUUGGCAGGGUUCGGCAAAUGACAGGUGGACGACUGCGGUAUAUCCUCAAUGGCAGUAGCGGCAUCGCCAACGAUACCAAGGAAUUUCUCUCACUAAUUGUGGCAGAGAUGCUUACGGGAUAUGGGCUCACGGAAACAUGCGCCAACGGUGCGUUGGGCUCUCCUUUUGAGCAAACAACUAGCGCAAUCGGCCCAACUUCCCCGGCUAUGGACGUGAAACUCGUUUCCAUUCCUGAGCUUGGGUACUUCACAGACGCGGGCUUCGGCCCUUGUCAAGGCGAGAUAUUGGUGCAUGGGCCAGUUGUCUUUAAGGAAUAUUUCAAGAACCCUGAAGCGACUGAAAAAGCCUUUACCCGGGACGGAUGGUUCAGAACGGGCGACAUUGGCGAGUUUGAUGAUCGUGGUCAUCUCAAGAUCAUUGAUCGAGUCAAGAGCCUGGUCAAAAUGCAAAGCGGCGAGUAUAUCGCCUUGGAAAAGCUCGAAUCCAUCUACAGGACAUCUCAGGCUAUACUUCAAGUCAUGGUACACGCAGACUGCGAAUAUACCAGGCCGAUUGUCAUCAUUAUGCCAAACACGAGAUUCCUGCAGGAUAAGUUCCGGGGCCUUGGCUUCAAUGAUGAUGAGAGUGCCUUAAGCAGCGAAAGAGUGUCUGCCUAUGUCCUCAAAGAUCUCCAGGCUAUAGCCAAACGGUCCGGCUUAACCAAGAUCGAAACGGUGGCUGGCGUUGUUGUAACUGAUCUUGAAUGGACCCCGCAAAGUGGACUAGUCACUGCUACGAUGAAACUUAAUCGGAGGUUUAUCUUGAGCUACUUUAGAGAUGAAGUUGAGAAGUGUAUGCAGAGCCUUAGAUAA